CGCGUCCCCGAGGGGGUGUGGCGGCGCGCCGCCCCUCCUCCUCCCCCCGCCUAUUCGCGGGCUCCGCCGGCACAGCCCCUUCCCUUUUCCGCCCGGACCGCGCCGGAGCCGCCAUCAUGGCCAAGAUCAAGGCCCGAGACCUGCGGGGGAAGAAGAAAGAGGAGCUGCUGAAGCAGCUGGACGACCUCAAGGUGGAGCUGUCACAGCUGCGGGUGGCCAAGGUGACGGGCGGAGCCGCCUCCAAGCUGUCCAAAAUCCGCGUGGUGCGUAAGUCCAUUGCCCGAGUCCUGACCGUGAUCAAUCAGACCCAGAAGGAGAACCUGCGGAAGUUCUACAAAGGCAAAAAGUAUAAGCCUCUCGAUCUGCGGCCAAAGAAGACUCGUGCCAUGCGGCGCAGGUUAAAUAAACAUGAAGAAAACCUGAAGACCAAAAAACAGCAGCGAAAAGAACGUUUGUACCCUGUCCGAAAAUAUGCCAUCAAGGCAUAAGAGUGCAGCGUACCGGAAGUUCCUAAUUGCAUUGGCUGAGUACGUGUCAUUAAAUAGAACUUUGUUUGGAA